CUCGUUUAACGCACACAUAUUUUAUUUUAUUGUAAAUUAUACAAAAUAAUAAAUGACAGCAUGACUGGAAAUGUAAAAUCAAAUAUCAUAAAGAAGUCUUCGUUCGAAGCUGAGAACAAUGAGAAUAAUGUGCAUGAAACUAUUUGGGGGCAACUAGUAGUUAUACGACGACUUCACAAAAAAUUUGAUCUUUCUAAAUUGGAGUAUGCAGUUGGCAGAGAAAAUUGUGACAUAAAUUUGACUACAGACGAAAUGUCUGUUGAACACCUACAAUUUAUAUCUAGGACACAUUUUAAACUUAAACGAGACAGUUGGAAUUCUCCUGUUUAUUUAGAAGAUUUUUCUCGAAAUGGAACAUUCAUAAAUGGUGAAAAAGUUGGCAAAGGAAACCAAAGAAUAUUGCAAAAUGAAGAUGUUAUUGCAAUAGGUAGUGAUUUCAGAAAAUUGUUUAGAUUUUUUGAUCGUUUCACACAUACUGUGGAUAAAAUCCCAAAGCUCAUCAAAGAUGACUACUACAUUUCCCGUGAGCUUGGAAGCGGUGCAUGUGGUGUUGUGAGAUUAAUAUUUAACAAAAGGACAUGUGAUAAAUUUGCUAUGAAGCAGAUCAUCAAGAGUAAAGCAGAUGAUGAAAAGAAAUUAAAUCAUCCUAAUCGUAUUAUGAAUGAAAUUAAUAUUAUGAAAAAAUUAGAUCAUCCAUUCAUAGUUAGUGUCUACAACAUUGUUGAAACUCCUGAAGCAGUAUUUUUGAUAUUGGAGCUUAUGAAUGGAGGUGAUUUAUAUAAUAAAAUUAAAGAGUCGAAAUAUCUGAAAGAACCAAUAGUUAAGAAUAUUAUAUACCAACUAGCUGUUGCUGUUAAUUACUUACAUCGACAGAACAUCACACAUAGAGAUUUAAAACCUGAGAAUAUUCUGUUACAAAGCAAUAGUGAUGAUUCAAUAGUCAAACUAUCAGAUUUUGGCUUAAGUAAAAUUGUUGAAGGUAACACAGUGUUACAAACUGAAUGUGGUACUGCAUGGUAUGUUGCACCCGAAGUGAUAUUAAAGAAUUAUAAAACUUAUACUGAAAAAGUUGAUGUUUGGAGUCUCGGUGUAAUAUUAUAUGUUUGUCUUUGUGGAUGCUUACCCUUCUCAGCAGCUGAUCAAAUUUGCAAAGGAAAAUACUCUUUCAAACAAAGUAUUUGGUCUUCGGUUAGUGCUGAAUGCAAGGAUUUAAUUUCUAAAAUGUUACAAGUAGAUCCAAAAACUAGAUAUAGCAGUUCCGAAGUUCUUAAUCAUAAAUGGUUACAGGAUCCUGAUGUUAUUAAGCGUUAUAAUGAUUUAUUAAAUCAGGAAAAUGAAAAACAAGAAAUUACUGUUUCUGAUUUGGAAGAUUCAAUAAAUGAACAUUAUAAUAAUUCUUGUCCUGAAAAUUGUCUAGAUAUAAUAGAACCACCUGCCAAACGUCAUCGAAGUCUACUUAUUUUUUAGCGAUUCAAAAGUUUGAUUUGUUAUCAGUAUUAAAAGGAACAAAAUGUACAUGCUACAUACAAAGGUACUUCUAUGCUCUAAGUAAUAAAAUGACAUAAAAAAUUACAUUUAAAAUAUGAAAUAUUUUUAUAAAUAAUAGUGAAUAAUACUUUUGAUAAU